UUGAAAAUCUGAAAUAAAUUUGUUGAGAAUUUCAAGAAAAUGAAGACCAUGAAAGGAAAACUACUCAAGAAACUAAAGACAAUCAAAACAAUUGGGUAUUUAAAACCAGAAAGAAUCCUUCAUUCAAAUGCAUCAGAUGGGUAUAUUCAGUAUACUUCACCACCAAAAUCAACAAAUUCUCAGUUUCAUUGUCAAUCUCCAUUAACACCUGUCCAACUCCAUGAAGAUCCCAAAAAGAAUGUUGUACAAGAUCAAGAAGCUGAGAUUAUUGAUGUUUCUGAGCUAAUGAAAGACCUCGAAGAUCAAGAAAUGGAGGUUGAAGAAGACGAAAUCGACGAUAAAGAGAACAUAAGGCCUGCUACAAAUGUGAAAAAGUCUCAACCUUUGAGAGAAAAUGUUGAGAAUUGUAGCCCACUGAAGCCAAAAAAUGAGAGUUUUGAUGGGAAUUCUUUUACCCCUUUAUUAGACUUUGACGUGUUGAAUUUUAGGCGGCCUGAUUUGGAUUUGGGUACACUUUUUGAUCCAAAUCUUCUUGCUGCAUUUGAGGAAGCAUUCAUGGUUGUUAAAGCUCAAGAAGCAGAGAGAAAAGCCAAGAUUGAGGAAAAGAUUUUCAAACCACUAGAAGAAAGAAAAGAAGAAGAAGAUGAUGAAGAAAAGGAACCGCCUUUAAAAACUCGAAAAAUCGAGGAAACUAUAGACCCCUUAUUGGAGUUUGAAGAAAAGUGUCCACCAGGAGGAUGUGAUUCAGUGAUUCUGUACACAACAGGUCUUAGAGAGAUACGAAAAACUUUCGAGGACUGUCAUAGUAUUCGAUUUCUAUUAGAGAAUUUUCGUGUUAUGUUCUUCGAGAGGGAUAUUUCGAUGCAUUCUGAGUUUAAGGAAGAGUUAUGGAGAAUUAUGGAUGGGAAAGUGGUGCCACCAAGGUUGUUUAUUAAAGGAAGAUAUAUUGGUGGAGCUGAAGAAGUAGUGACAUUGCAUGAACAAGGGAAGUUUAGGCCAUUUCUAGAAGGAAUUCCUAUUGAUAGUUUUCAAUGUCCAUGUGAAGGGUAUGCUGGAAUGAGCCUUUGUUACUGUACUACUGCAAAAAUUUCAGCUGGUAUGGAGAGAUAA